AUGUAUAAACCAGUUGUUUUAAAAAACUGUCUGCAUUCGUUUUGUGCACCAUGUAUAUUACCACUAAUCAAUGGUAAACUAUUAUUUAAAAAAAAAUGCCCUAAAUGCUCCUUUUCAAUUUCAAUUGAUGGAAUAACCUCCUCUAGCAAUGUUAUUGAAAUGAUAAAUAAUAUUCAAGAAGAAUGUAAGCAACAUUGCGGUAGAUUAUUUAAAGUGUCACAACAAUCAGAACGCUUCAACCAUCAAAAUAAUUGUCAGACUCCAAUACCAAUUUCCACAACCUUGUCAACACCCUCAUCACAAACAACUCUAACAGAUAUAUUUGCAUUAAAUUCAACAAGUGUUAUCACAAGGGAUAUUGAUGCUGUUGCACUUCAUAUUAUUAAACAAAAAAUGUUGCAAACAACAUCCAAUGUAAUAGAAUUUCAGACAGAUGGACCAAGGCCUUUAUGCUUCACAUCAACACCAAAAGCCUAUAAAGAAAGUAAAGAUGCAACUUUACGAACAGUUCGCAAACGACAAUCACAGUUAAACGAUUACAUAAGCACAACAUGUGGUGGAAGCAUUAGGUCCAAAAUCAACCAAACCACUACUCUUUUGAAAUCAUUCAAUGAAAAUGAACAAGAAAUUAUUCUAAGUAACUCAAAUAUUUCAAAAACCAAAAUAUCAGCUGAAGAAAUAACAAGUUUAAAAGCUAACAUGAGCAGUACUUAUGCCAACAUGAAAAUAUUAUCUAGAUGGUUGAAAACCAACAACAUCAUUUGUGCUUCAAACGCACAACAAAGAAGCCUGGCUAAGAAAUGGUCAUGUGAUGAUCUUAUUAUUGAAAAAGCUCCAUUUAUGGUUGAAAAAAAGAAGUCCAAAGGUUCUUUUGAAAUAAAAGAAUUGCCAUGUGCUUAUAUUAACAAUCUGCAUGGACAUAUAGUAAAUGUGCUAGAUAGAUUAGAAAGGUAA